UCAGCUGUUCUGACCGGCGUCUCUCGCUCUCGUUGCUCAGUUGCCUGGACUGUUGGUAGGCUAGGCUAGGCUAAGCUCAAAUAUAUUAGGCAGAGGUAGAAUUGGCCGAACAAGGUAAGUUGUAAGCUCUUUUACCCGAGGGAAAAGAGACGGAAAUGUUUCGUCAAAGCGGUUUGUCGGCCGCUCUCCUGCUCGCGGUGGUGCUAGGGAGAAGUGAGUCGCUGAAAGAAGGAGAAUGUGAAGUGUGUGUGACGUUUCUUGGAAAGUUCUACCAGUCUCUUCAGGAGUUAAAAGUGAACUUAAAUAGUGCCGACAUUGAGAAGGCACUUCUGAAGAGCUGCAGUGAUGCCAAAGGCAAAGAAAAUCGUUUUUGUUACUACAUUGGGGCAACCAGCGAUGCCGCCACCAAGAUAGUCAAUGAAGUGUCCAAGCCGCUCAGCCACCACGUCCCUGUUGUCAAAAUCUGCGAGAAACUUAAGAAGAAGGACAGUCAAAUUUGUGAACUCCGAUACGACAAGCAGCUGGACCUGAGCUCGGUGGACCUGAAGAAGCAAAGGGUGAAAGAUCUGAAGAAGAUUCUGGAAGAGUGGGGUGAGUCGUGCAAAGGCUGCGUCGAAAAGUCUGACUUCAUCCGCAAGAUCACCGAGCUGAUGCCCAAGUACGCCCCUGCCGCCGCCAGGACUCGGACUGACCUGUAAAGUCACAUUGACUGUGUACUGUUCUCAUUCUCUCUCACACACACACACACACACACACACACACUAGUCUAAGGUGGUCUUUCAGAAGAGGGAAGUCCACCUUUAUUCCUAUUGGACCAUGGACCAGGUGUGUCUUACCCAGUCUUCAUGACCAUGUACAGUAAAUCAUGUUCACUGUCCACAUGUCAGCUGUAGAUGUGGCUCCAGCCCCUCCUUCAGGCUGUUUGGCGCCCAUCUGCCAUGAUUCUGUAACUUACAUGUGCAUUAAAACCUUUGUUUUUUUUAAGUUUGUUUAAAUGUAUUCAAACACCACCUCAGACAUUAAAGCGAUGACAUCA